AUGGCAGAUGGGAUAUCGAGCUUUUGGGGUCCCGUGACUUCUACUAUAGAGUGUUGUGAGAUCAACUAUGCGUACUCAUCUUACAUUGCAGAGUUCUACAACACCAUAUCCAAUGUCCCUGGAAUCCUAUUGGCUCUCAUUGGUCUUGUCAAUGCGUUAAGGCAACGGUUUGAGAAGAGGUUUAGCAUUCUUCACAUAUCGAAUAUGAUACUCGCUAUCGGGAGCAUGCUCUACCAUGCCACUUUGCAACACGUGCAACAACAGAGUGAUGAGACCCCAAUGGUGUGGGAGAUACUUCUUUACAUGUACAUCCUUUACUCACCAGAUUGGCAUUACCGAAGUACAAUGCCCACUUUUCUCUUCCUCUACGGUGCUGCCUUUGCCACAGUCCAUGCUUACCUCAGGUUUGGCAUCGGUUUCAAGAUUCACUACGUGAUCCUUUGUCUUCUAUGCAUUCCUCGGAUGUACAAGUACUACAUUCACACAGAAGACACCGCAGCCAAAAGGAUUGCGAAAUGGUACGUUGCUACGAUCCUAGUGGGAACCAUUUGCUGGUUCUGUGACCGUGUUUUCUGCAAGACGAUAUCUCAGUGGCCAGUGAAUCCUCAGGGGCAUGCUCUGUGGCAUGUCUUUAUGAGUUUCAACUCGUACUGUGCAAACACAUUCUUGAUGUUCUGUCGAGCUCAGCAACGUGGUUGGAAUCCAAAGGUAAAAUACUUUCUUGGAGUUCUUCCUUAUGUCAAGAUCGAGAAGCCAAAAACCCAAUGA